AUGAACAACUUGGCGCUCGUGCUGGACAGCCAAGGCAAGUACGUGGAGGCGGAAUCGAUGCUCAGGCAGACGCUGGCGACCAGUGAGAAGGUGCUUGGUGUUGACCAUCCAGACACGCUGACGACCAUGAACAGCUUGGCGCUCGUGCUGGACAGCCAAGGCAAGUACGUGGAGGCGGAAUCGAUGCUCAGGCAGACGCUAGCGACCACUGAGAAGGUGCUUGGUGUUGACCAUCUAGAAACGCUGACGACCAUGAGUAACUUGGCCGGAGUGCUGGACAGCCAAGGCAAGUACGCGGAGUCGGAAUCGAUGCACAGGCAGACGCUGGCGACGCGUGAGAAGGUGCUUGGUGUUGACCAUCCUUCCACGCUGACAAGUGUCUACUGCCUUGCUUAUCUCCUCGCAGAGCAACAUUACUAUGCCGAAUCUGUUGAUUUAUAUAAGAGAGCAUACGCUAGGUACAGUUCUAUCCUUGGGGAGGACCAUCCCACCACACGUGCGUGCCUCGAACAUUAUUCUGCACUACUUGCUUCGCGGGAGCACUCUCUUCCUUCUACAGAACAAGCCAUCUGCGCCGAAAGCGGGGCUUCUGGCAAGAUAUCAAAGCUGUCACGUGCUCUGCGCAAGUUGGGCAAUAGGAACUCAAAAUUUUCAUGAUAUAUAUAAGUCUAAUAACUUAGUGGGGUACGAAAUAAGGGCGCGCAUGAUAGAGAUGAUUCUCUUUUUACAAGACUGUCUUAGAUAUGGGUAUCAUGAAGCUUCGCUAUGCC